AUGGUCGACGAAGGGUGCUCGUCUUGUAGGAAUAAGUUCUUUCUUGUUGUUGGGUUAUUAGCCGUUGGAUAUUAUUUAAAUAAAGAUAAAGAGGUCACGAGUUGUGACGGGUACAAUUACGACACUUUGACUAGUGUGGAAUAUAAAGGUAGGUGUAAAAUACGGAUCUUAUAGUGAAAGUGUAAAUUUUUUAAUUUUUAAAGAGUUUCUGCAAUUUUUAUUUUGUAAAUGAAAUUCUUGCAAUUUUUUGUUCUGUUAAGAAAGUUUUUGUCAUUUUCCACUCUGUAAAGAAAAUUCUUGCCAUUUUAACCACUCCCUCACUUCAGGCGACGAAAUCCGUCAUCAUAUAGUAGUAGUAACCGACCUCGACCAGUCGUCUUUACUCAAAACUUCCAAAAAGCCCACCUGGCGCUCUUUCAUUCAAGCUGGUACACUGGUACUAAAAGGAGACCAAGUUUCGGUCGAAUGGGACGAAAAUGAACAUGAAAUUCAAUCCCAAUUUGCCUUGGGCGGUCGCGCUAUGGAACUGUCUGAUUUGGUUGUUUUUGAUGGGAAAUUGUUAUCAAUUGAUGAUAGGACAGGAAUUGUCUAUCAGAUCACGAAUGAUUAUAAAACUGUACCAUGGGUGUUUCUGAAUGAUGGUCCUGGUAAUACGACCAAGAAUCUGAAGGUAAGAAAGUAAAAAAAUUAUGUAUUUUGGAAGUGCAAUAACUUUCUUUACAGAACAAAAAAUAGCAAAAACUUUCUUUACAAAGCAAAAGAUUGCAAGAACUCUUUACAAAACAAAAUAUUGCAAUUACUUUCUUUACAGAACAAAAAAUGGCAAGAACUUUCUUUACAAAACAAAAAAUUGCAAGAACUUUCUUUACAGAACAAAAAAUGGCAAAAACUUUCUUUACAGAACAAAAAAUGGCAAGAACAUUCUUUACAAAACAUAAAAUGGUAAGAACUUUCUUUACAAAACAAAAAAUUGCAAGAACUUUCUUUACAAAACGAAAAACGGCAAGAACUUUCUUUACAGCACAAAAAAUUCGCAAGAACUUUCUUUACAAAACAAAAAAUGGCAAAAACUUUUUAAAACCUCAUUUUAAACCUGCAGGGUGAAUGGCUAGCAGUAAAAGACUGUACCUUAUACGCUGGAGGCCUGGGUAAGGAAUGGACCACAACUGAAGGUGUUUUCGUCAACCAUAACCCCAUGUAUGUCAAGAAGAUCAGUCGUAAAGGUGAAGUUGAACAUGUCAGAUGGGUUGAUGAGUUCAUCGCUGUUAGGAAGGCGGCUGGUGUGGUUGAUCCCGGCUACAUGAUUCAUGAAAGUGUGCAGUGGUCCGAGAUUCAUCAGAAAUGGUUCUUUUUGCCACGGUAAGUUCGAUUUUGAUCAAGAAUUUUAAAAUUUCGAAAUAAUUAAAAAUUUCAAAAAAAAAAUUUUUUAAAUUCAAAAAAAUUUUUUUUUUUCAAAAUAUUGAUAUUAACAUACCCAAAACCCAGCAAAAACUCCUCAAAACCCCAUUUCCAGAAGAGUUUCCAAGAACGAGAUCUACACCGAAGCCACCGAUGAAACCAAAGGCUCAAAUACCGUAAUUACCGCUUCAGUAGACUUCAAAACCAUCACCGUAAAAGAGAUCGGUUCGAAAGGAAAUGGUGCUCGUGGUUUUAGUGCUUUCCAGUUCGUACCAAACACUAACGACGAACUUAUUGUAGCUUUGAAGUCGGAAGAGAAAGAUGGAGAGCCGGUUGGCAGUUACAUUACCGUCUUUAACUGGAAGACUGGUAAAAUAUUGUUGGAAGAGAAACAGCUUCGUGGGGCUUAUAAGUUCGAAGGCAUUGUUUUUGCUUUUUAA